CUAUUGACCGUCCAGAUGGCUGAUAUACCCGUGCGGCCGCCGCCCCCGCCGCCCCCGCUCCCGCCAGGAUGGGCAGAACACAAGGCGCCCUCGGGACAUACAUACUACUACAACACCGAAACGAAGAAAUCUACCUACACUCGCCCCGUCUCCGCCGCCGCCGCCCCGAGCUUCGGGACCCAUCCUCCCCCGCCACUGCCGUCUGCCGCUCUGGGCCCGACCGCUAGCGACCGCCCUAUCGAAGCUCCGGCCACACAGAGUGCUUUCGACCCCAGGAAGCAGAUAGAGAACCUCAUCUUUGGAGGUGCGCCGCAGCACUCCCCCCACAACAGAGGCCAACACUAUGCCAGAGGCGGGCAUCGUGGGGGCUUUCGCGGGGGCCACGGCGGCUUUCAAGACAAGAAGCAACAGCCAGAAGAUCGGCCGAAGCAUCGCCAAGAUAUCCCCGGCUGCGCGCCUUGGGUGCUGGUGAAGACAAAGCUCGGAAGGAGGUUUGUGUGGAAUAAGGAUACCAACAAGAGCCUCUGGAAGUUCCCGCCGGAUGUCAUGACGGCUGUUGUGGAGUUCGACCGCAUUGAGCGAGAAAAGAGGGAGCGGAGGGAGCGAGGGGAACCAAGCGACGUCGAGGACGACGCCGCAAUGGCGGAGAUAGAGGCAGACCUCGCCGCAGCCGAGGACGAAAUGCAGCAGGAAAUAGUCGAGGUAGUGGGCGAAGAGGGUAUGGAGGAUGAGGAAGAAUACGAGGAGGUAGAGGUCACGGAUGACGAAGGGGAAGAGGCCGAGCAUCCGUCGAAGCGACAGAAGACCGAGGAGCUUGGUGAGCAUCCGCCCAUGGACAUAGGUGAAGAUGACCUUGCUUGGCAACUGGCGCAGAUGGAAGAGAUGGAGGGAGGAUACGACGAAGAGUACGACGAGGAGGAGGAGGAGGAGCCGCCCCUAUCAGAGGAGGAUUGCAAGGCCUUGUUUAAGGAACUGCUAGACGACACGCGCAUCAGCCCUUACACACCAUGGGAGAAGGUCCUUGAGGGCGGCAUAUUAUACGACGACGAACGGUAUAAAGCGCUACCUAAUAUGAAGGCGCGGAAAGACUGCUUCGACGAAUGGACACGGGAAAAGAUCCAUUUGCUCAAAGAACAAAAGGCGAAGCAGCAGAAGCUAGACCCAAGAGGACCGUACUUAGCCUUCCUCGACCGAUACGCCACGCCGAAGCUCUACUGGCCCGAGUUUCGGAGGAAGUAUAAGAAGGAGCCGGAAAUGAAGGAUACGAAAUUGUCGGACAAAGAGAAGGAGAAGCUGUACCGCGAUCACAUCAAGAGACUAGGCAUGAGGUCCUCCGAGCUGAAAUCCGAUCUCGCAGCACUACUAAAAGCGCAACCCUUGGUGUCGCUCAAUCGCUCGACCACACUCGAUACUCUUCCCUCCGCAGUAUUAACUGACCUUAGAUACAUUUCACUGUCACCAUCAACCCGCGAAGCCCUUAUUGAAACAUACAUAUCGACGCUUCCUCGGGCGCCGGAGGGGGGCGCCGCAUCAGCAGAGGAAGAAGCCGAAGCGGCGAAGAGGCGGGAGGAGCGGCGGCGACGCGAAAGGGCUCUUGCGGAGCGUGAGAGGCGCGUCCGAGAAGAGAGACGAAAACAGGAGCGCGAACUUGCCUACGGCAGAGGCAGGUUACGCGAGGAGGAGAUCGAGAUUGAGCGCGCCAUGAAUGUCGGCAAGGGAGGUUUGAGGGCUCAGUUGAGCUCAUCAUGAAUGCCCUCUUACAGGUAGGAGAUAGUCCACCCGAAUAGCUGCGGGUUGCAGUAGUGAUACCCAAAGUUGGCCUCUGAUACUCCUGUGGGCAUUUCUUUAUCUUCACGCCCUUGUCAUGGUCUUUUCUUGUUUCUCGUUACUGUCAUGGAACUAGUCACCCUACUAUCACGAUUGCUGCCCGUGUCCGUCCAAUUCGACAAGAAGUCCUCUAUCCGGUUCCUUUACACGCUCGAAUCGGCCACGCAUUCCAAAUAACCGUUGGAAUUUUCACCCCAUCAGACAUUCUUGAAAGUGAUGGAAUUACUGAUCCUGGG